UGAAAUGAUCGAGUGCAUGUUUUAUGCAGUAAAAUGAACGUAGAAAAAUCACUCGGGAACUGCGGUUUUAUUUGGUUUUGUACUUAUGCAAGAUUCAGAAGUGAAUAGUGUUUGUACUCAUUGAUUAAAGAGGUGAAAAAUGAGUGAUAUUUCAAUAACAUGACGUGAAAGCAGAGUCUGAAUAUUGCUUGGUUUUUUAUCCACCAAAAUAGAACGAAGCAGGGAUGGAAUCUUUCUGAUGGGAUUCCCGAGGGCAGGACAAACAAUUCCCAUUCAUAGAAAGAGCAAAUGUGGUUCAAUGCAAUUUAUUUGUAUGCUUAAAAUUAUUCUGUGCUAAUUUUCAACAAAAAUUCGAAGUUGAAUCAAUUUCAAGUUCAAUUUGCAAAAUAAACAAAAUCAAUUUUCUUUACCAUAGUACAGCUAACUCUCCGUCAAAGUGAAAUUGAAAUUCACGAUUUCCAAACAAUAGCAAAAUCUGUGACUUGUUUAUUGGCAUAAGAAUUUGAAACGCUCGCAGUUGCUUCCGACGAUCGAAAACAAUCUUGAAAAUCGCUAUAAGCUUUAAUACCUACACUCAUGUUGGUGUAAUUUUUAAAUGUAGAAGACUGAAAAUAUCGCACUGGAUCACUACAUUGUAGACAUCGCUCCGAUUUUUUUCUCGUUUGUGUGUAUGUAUACACAGUGCGUAUAUAUAGAUAUACAAAAUUACAAAUCCAUGGAUAGAGCAGUCGUAUACUUUAAUGACAAGAAAGAGUUGGGUUUUGACCAUAAUUGAAUAUAAUCUCGACUCCGGGAUUUUUUAAAGGGAUUUCUACGGGUAGUAAUUUUUCUGGGCAUUGGUGUCAUUCUUUUAUCUGUUGCUGAGAAUUAUAUACAUUGAUCAGAUAAUCGUGGUGAGUUUGGUACUGAAGUGACACAGUACGUAGUGCGAGUGUCUCCCUGUGACAGUAUUAUCAUAUCUAUACCAGUAGUGUUUACUUUUUACAAAGAGACAAUAAACAAUGAUUGAUCCCAAGUACGCCGAACUACCUGGAAUCGCUCGAGAUCAACCAGAUGUGUAUGAAACUGAAGAUCCUCAGCCAAAUGAACCUCUACAAGAAUAUGCAGGGGAUGAAAGUGAUGCUAUUGAAAAAAUUUAUGUGAAUGCUAAUGACUCGUACAAUAAAUUCAAAGAUAAACGAGUCAGUUCGCACGAUGCUGACUUUUCAGACACUAUCACUAUGAAAGCUAAACUGGGUUACAAGGUUCAUUCUGGAGAAUGGAAACUGUCAGGAAGAGGAGAAGAUGAAACACCCAUUGAAAAAUAUCAACGCAUAAAAAUUGAAAUUCAAGAAUUAUUGGAACAAAUUAAUAAGAUAAAAGAAUAUACAAAAGGAAAAGAAGAACCCAAAUCCUUAGCAGAUAUAAUUAAUCAAAUAGAAAAUACUGGAAAAGAAUUGGAUUCUUUAGAUAUUGAAAAAAUCUUAGGCAAAGAUUCUAUUUCAGCUAUGUCCAAUCAUCAAGAACUUCGUUUUAAGGAGCUGAAAGCGCAAAUCGAAUUGUUCAAACAACAGAAUGCAUCAAGUGCUGCUACUCAGAAAGAAACUAACAAAGGAAAUCAAGAGGUUGCAAAAGGAACUCUUAAAUAUCAAAUGACUUACUUUCCAGAUAAAGCUAAGGUACAAGAUGUUGCUAGAAUCAGUCACUUGGAAAAAAGAUUGGGUCAUUUGGAAAGUUUAAUAGGACAACCUACUGAUAGUACUUCUAAAACUUCUCAAUUGCUUAAAACUCAAGGGAUCCAAAAAUCAAUUGAAAAAUUAAUGGCUAAUGCUUGUUUGCUCAAUAGCAGUCAAUUAGAUAUAUUAGAAAAUAAAAUGAGCACAUUACUGCAUAAAAUGGAUACUGUUAUACAAAAAAAAGAACAAGCAGGAGAAGAUAACAAAUAUGAACAAACUGUUUCUGAACUAUAUGAGCUUGUGAAGCAAACAGAAAGUGUCUCACAAGUACUGCCUCAAACUAUUGAUAGAUUGGUAGCCUUGAGUGGUUUGCAUGGAAAAGCUUUAGAGUUCGUCAAUCGACUAAAAGAAUUGGAAGACUUGGAACAAAACAUAAAAGGAUCAUUAGGAAAUAAUCAAGUUCUACUGCAAGAAAUGCAAAAAAAUUUUAGCAACAACUUUGAAAUCAUUACUAACGAUAUUAGUGCUUUAAAUGAACGCGUUAAGAAGCUGAAAAAGUAAUUGCAUCACGUUAUAUUUUAUAUCAAAUAUUUUACACGAAAAAUCUUACUAAGCUUUAUCUCAGAUGCAUAAAGCAAUAUUUUAUGAAAGCUAAUUGUAAAU